UUCGACAGUUUCUUACUACAAGGAGGAGAAGCUUUGACAGCGUGUGUCCGUUUCGACACGUGAUAUGCGUAAAAUAAACUUUUUUUUUCUCUAAGAAUUUUUUUUUUAAAGAUGGUUUUCGUUUGAGCAAAUGGCGCUGUUAAUUGGACAAAAAAUUGAAUCAUUAAUUUUUGUGGUGUAGUCCAGGAUCAAAAGCUGGCUUUAUUGCGAAAGAGAAAUUUGAACUGUACGGUUUAACAUGUGGUUUUUGUCCCUUUUAGUUAUUUUGUGUGCGAAAGGAUUUGUUUCAUUUGCUAAACCUGCUGGUGUACCUUUCAUCCAGCCCUUCACCUUUCCCAGUGAUGUCAUCAAGGGUCAGUCAGUGACCGUCACUUGUGCUGUGGCCGACGGUUCGGGUACCUUUGAUUUUCGAUGGGCCAAAGAUGGUCAACCUUUGACUGACCAACCUUUGACCAGAAUACAGACAUUCGAGGAAUAUUCAUUAUUGUUUCUCAAAUCAGUGGACAGUUCUAGAAGUGGCAACUACACUUGCUUUGUUCUUAACUCUGGAGGAUCUGCCAAUCACACAGCGCAACUGAUUGUAUAUGAACGUCCCGAAUGGAAUGUGCUACCAGAUGACGCGGAAGUGGUGUACGGAAGUGACCUUAGGAUGGACUGCUCAGCAACGGGAAUCCCAUCUCCUAAGAUUCAGUGGACAAAGGUGUCCAGUGAAACCAAUGGAGGGCGCCACCGCACACUGAUAAAUGGAAGCAUGAUUUUGAUGGACGUCCAUUCGGAUGACGGCGGCAAAUAUGAAUGCAGCGCUUCCAACGGAAUUGGCGAAAAUAUCAAAAAAACAGUCACGGUAAUUGUUCACGUUCCUCCACAGUUCCACGAGGCCUAUCACCUUCAGAAAGCCAGAAGUGGACACUCGGCCGUUCUGCGAUGUGACAUUACUGGAGACUCGCCCAUCAAAGUGAAAUGGACCAAAGAGUACAUGGAUAAUACUGAUAGUAGGUACAAAAUUCAAGAGACUCCUCUCCCAAACGGUCUUCUCUCGGAACUCUAUAUUUCACGAGUGAUGAGCAAGGACGCCGGCAUCUAUAUCUGCUCUGCCACCAACAGCUACGGAAAACAAGAUAAAACCAUCAAAUUACUCGUUUUAGAACCUCCUGCCUCUCCAUCGAACAUUCUCAUAAAACAAAUAGAAAGAACAGAAGCCACAGUUGAAUGGACCACCCCUUAUGCAGGAAACAGUCCCAUUACUCGCUACAUCGUUCAAUACUGGAGAGACACAGGUUCAACUCCUAAAUUAGAAGAGGAAACUGUCGAGAGCAAAAAGAAUUCUCACCUCCUUACAAGCCUCAGGCCGGGAACAUCAUACGUUGUUAGAGUUAUCGCUGACAAUGAGUUCGGAUCCAGCACUCCCUCUGUACCUGUUAGAUUCACCACAGCAGAGGACACUCCCUCUGGCUAUCCCACGGAUCUCAUAGUCUAUCCCAGUGGGCCGAAUGAGCUGAUCGUUCGUUGGAAGGCUCCUGCUCCGGAUCAGCGCAAUGGAGCCAUUCAAGGCUACGAACUAGGUUACCGGGAAUAUGAUUCCAUGGAGUCUUAUUCCAUGGUCCCUUACACGUACCGUGAGGCUCCUCUGGGACCUAGCAUUUCUCAAGAAUACGUCCUGGACAGACUGAAAGACAACACGGAGUAUGAGAUCGUGGUGAGGGCUUACAAUAGAGCAGGGAAAGGACCUACCUCUGUGCCUGUCAUAGGAAAAACAAGAGAAAUUGGAACUUUGGAAGCUCCCGAUUUAUGGGUCGAAUCCACCACUGCGACAUCUAUCUCUCUUCGAUGGUCUGGGAACAACGAUUUUAAAAGUGGAACAUUACGCCAUACCCUUCAUUACAGAGCAGAAGGCAGCAAAUGGAUGGAGAAGUCCAUUCCAAGCACUUACCAGGACGGCUAUGUUCUCACCGAUUUGGAAGAAAACACUUUGUAUUACCUGUACAUACAAGCGGUAAGCGGCCUGGAGCAGAGCAAACCAUCUGGGACCGUUAGUGGCAAAACAUCGGACCCGAGCUUCGAACGUUCCUCCAUGACUCAAAUGCAGGAAGUGUCCCACCAAACAACUCUGGUCAUCUCUCUGUCCGUGGUCAUCUCGUGCGUCGUGAUCGUGUGCGUCAUCGCUGGGGCGUGCGUGUAUGUUACGCGCGUCACGGCACGGUCAGGAUUCAAGAGGGACGGACACGCACUCAGCGAGUUCGGGGAGCAGCAUGCAUCUUCUCGCAGCACCCCUCUGUCUCGUCACACGUCCAAUUUCCGUUACGUGGACCCGAACUCCCGACCCCUGCUAUGGUGUUCAACCCCUGCCCCACCCAAUGAUUAUCCGUCCCCUUAUGCCACUUUACCACUUCGGCCCACCCCCAUUUCGAAAAGGUGGCAAAGUGAAGACGGCAUGUCUCCAGCAAUUUCGGAGCGAAGCGAAUCUCUCAUAAACCAGAGGGUUGAAGUGUCAGAAGACAAAGUUUCAAACAACAGAGAAUGAGCAUCUUCACAUUGUACCUGAAAUCACGAGAAAAAGUUUUUCUUUUGGUCUAGUCGAUUGACACUGUUGAUUGAAUCUAAUCCAGACUAUCAACUAUGAGUUUCACAAGUAAUGAAUUUUCCUUCGCUCAAACGCAUUUGGGAAGCGUUUGAUUUUGGAUCUCUUCUUAUGCCAAAAUAUGUCUGCAUUUUUUAGAAGAUUAUGAAUGAAAAAGAUUUGAAAAAUUAGUAUAAUCAUUCUGACAUUUUUCAGUUUUUGUAACGAAGAAAACUGAAAAGUGUUUCUUAGAUUUUUUGAAUGAAGGGUUUAUAAUUAUUCUAAAAGUCAUUAAUUUUUGCUUUUGUGGUAAUCAAAAAUAUAAUCAGAAUGAUUGAAAUGCAUUUCGCGUUACUCUGAUUUUAAGCAGAGUUAAGGAAUGAUGCAUUCAGAAGGAUUAAUUAAAAAUAAUUUAAUACAAUUUAUGUAUUUAGAUAUAUAUUCGAGAUUAAAAUUCGCAUUAUAUAAUUUUAACGAGCCAAAUAAAACGAAAAAAUAAUUCAGCUGAAUGAUUUAAUAUACACUGCACUAAAUUCUCGUUAAAAGUUGAAAUCUAAUUAUCAAAUUUUAAAAAUAUCUGGAUAGAAGGUCUUGUUUAGUCAUGAAAUAUUUUAAUUUUUUUCAUUUGUAUGAUUAUGUGUACUCCUAAAGCUAAACAAAUGCAUUUUUUUAUUUCCUUAACGGUAUUCUAAGCAAGGAAAUAUUUUAAUUAAUACAUUUGUGAAAUACAUGUAUUUAUUGAUAGAAAACUUAAAAUAAAACUUAACCUUGUUUUGGAGAAUGUUACUGAACUCAACGUUUUUUAAAUUCAUAUUCUUGAACAUUAAUAUUAAUAUUUUAAUCAUCUUCCUAGAACAUUGAAUUGAUUAAAAUUAACUCAUCAAAUUAUUUUAGCGGUAGCUGUUUCUUUUAAAGAUUCAUCAAAUUAAUUCCUGUAUUCUUGAAAGAUUAAUGCAGGAAUAAUGCAAGUUAGCAUUAACAUUAUUCAGAAUAUAAUAUUCAGAAUUACUUAAUGAUUAUUAAUUCAAAGAAAAGGUGAUUUAUUUGUAUUUUAAUUUCGUUUUCAAUUGAAAGCAUUUGAAUUAUUUUCAAAUAAUAUUUCCUUUACAAUUCGAAUA